GUUCAUGCUCUUAUAUAUGCGCACGUGUUCUGUGUACAGGCCUUGUUCAAUAAAGUUCUUUGGAGAAAAACCUUAGUAAGUAACUUUCCGUGCUCAGCACCGUCACGUGCUGCUGUGUAACCGCCUCCGGUCCCGCGCUCAGUGCUGACUGUAACAAGCUUCUUCCUCAAGAGAAAACAAGAUGUCUGACAGAGCACAGCUGCUGCUGGAGCUGAAGCAGCGAGUCGGCUGCUGUAUAAAUGAAGCCGAGGCAAAGCUCCACGCGCUCAGUAAGGACAUAUGGAGUUGUCCGGAGCUGGCUUAUGAGGAAACCAAGGCUCAUGACAGACUGGUCGCGUUUUUCAGUCAGGAGGAAGGCUGGACGGUCGACAGUCACUUCAAACUUGAGACUGCCUUUAGAGCCACCUGGGGAGCCACCGCAGGCAGCGACGUGGUCAGCGUGGGUUUCCUGUGUGAGUACGACGCCCUGCCUGGUAUCGGACACGCGUGUGGACACAACCUGAUCGCUGAGGUCGGAGCUGCUGCGGCUGUGGGGCUCAAAGCUGUGCUGGAGAGCACACGGGAGCUCCCUGCACAGGUGCAGGUGACAGUGCUGGGGACGCCAGCUGAGGAGGACGGUGGAGGUAAAAUAGACUUGUUAAAGGAGGGAGUCUUUGAUGAUAUGGAUGUAGUGUUCAUGGCUCACCCCCAGCAGGAUGAUGCUCCUUAUCUCCCACUUGUGGCUGAACACGAUGUGACUAUAAAGUAUCAUGGUAAGGCCUCACAUGCCUCAGCCUACCCCUGGGAGGGAGUCAACGCGCUGGACGCAGCUGUGCUGUGCUACAACAACCUGUCAGUGCUCCGACAGCAGAUGAAGCCAGACUGGAGAGUUCAUGGUAUCAUAAAGCAUGGUGGUGUGAAACCAAACAUCAUCCCUGCCUACACUGAGCUGGAGUACUAUCUGAGAACCCCGUCACGUGCUGAGCUUCAAGUCCUGAAGUCAAAAGCUGAGAUGUGUUUUAGAUCAGCUGCAGUAGCAACUGGCUGUGAGGUGGAAGUUUUGUAUGCAAGAAAUGCUUUUGACAACAUAUUGCGAAAUAAAACACUAGAAGAUUUGUACGAGGUUAAUGGCAAGGCUCUCGGUAUGGAAUUCACCACAGAUGAAGAAGUCCUCAACAAUGCCUCUGGCUCUACAGAUUUUGGCAAUGUGUCGUUUGCAGUUCCUGGGAUCCAUCCAUACUUCUACAUUGGUUCUAAGGCCCUGAACCACACAGAGGAAUACACUUCAGCCUCUGGUGAUGACCAAGCUCAGUUCUUUACUCUGAGGACAGCGAAGGCUCUGGCCAUGACAGCCCUGGAUGUGCUGCUUGACCCAGAGCUGCUGCAGAAGGUGAAGCAGGAGUUCACUGAGGCCAAACUAAGGGAGGACAGGAAGCUGACAGGAGAGCACACGGAGUAGGCUGCUAAUCAAAAAAUCACUAUGUUGAUGAAUGAUUCUUAAAUCAAUGUUUUGUAGAAAUUGGCAUUUUUGUAUUGAAAACCAGCAUCUUGAAUUAAACAUGUAUGUAACACUGAUCCUGCCCUCUCACUGACAUUACAUAGUCCAGCCAUGUCCAAACUAUUCCACAAAGGGCCGAUGUGGCUGCAGGUUUUCUUCUCAGCCAAGCAGCAGCACACCAGACCUGACGCAUAUCAACUGAUCUCAGUCUUCAGGAAGCUGAUUGGUCAAACUGUGUGAUCUUUGCUGGUCGGAACAGAAACUUGCAGCUACACAGCCUUUUGUGGAAUAGUUUGAACAUGCCUGACAUAGUGUAAAAACAGGAACCAUCAAAAUGAUUUUGAAGCUGUUACUGUUUGAACAAGUUGAAAUGCGGUCAUGUGAACUUUAAUGACCUUCUAUGUAUUAUGUACUGUCCAGCCUGUACUGUGGGAUACCUUGACGGUGGGUGCUUUUUCUUGAAUGAAAGAGUGGAAUCACA